AUGGCUCACAUUGUCACGCCUUUAGAUCGGCCGUCGACAUACAAGGACUCGAGGAGCAACAUUGAGCGCUCGCAUCAAGCUGAGAUGCUCUCAAAGUCUUGUACUCUUUACAUCGGAAAUCUUUCAUUCUACACGACAGAGGAACAAAUAUAUGAACUUUUCUCUAAAUGUGCAAAUCCAGAAGAUGGCGGCGGACUCAAACGUAUCAUCAUGGGCCUGGAUCGUAAUCAAAAAACUCCUUGUGGAUUUUGUUUUGUUGAGUUCUAUACUCACGCAGAGGCACUAGCAUGUAUGCGCUACAUAAGCGGGACGAAGCUUGACGAGCGCAUCAUCCGAUGUGAUCUUGAUCUAGGGUAUCAAGAAGGACGGCAGUUCGGACGAGGAAAGAGUGGUGGGCAGGUGCGAGACGAGCACCGGACAGACUAUGAUGCUGGUCGAGGCGGGUGGGGUGCCCAGGUUGCUCGAGAAGCGGUGUAUCGCGAUGCUGAGACUGGACCGGGUGCCGUCGCGACAGGUGGAGAGGGAUGGAAACAGCAGCCUACUGAUACGCCUCAGUCUCUCAAGCGGAAGAGAGAAUAUGAGGAUGAGGAAGAUGGGGAGGGGGAAGGGCCGAGGGCGAACCCCAAGUUCAGGGCAGAUAGGGAGGAUGAUGAGUAG